AUGAAACGCGAGUACCUCCCGAUAGAGUCCCUGCCAGCCUGGCAGCGGCUCAACGGGAUUACCGUACACAGUAUCGCGAUUCAAAAGGUUGGGUCUGAUGAACAUGGUGCGGACAAAGGCAGUGCCAUCAUCGCGACGGAAGCUACCACGAGCAGCGAAGACGAUGCAGCCCCGAAAAUCCUCCUGCAAAUUCCGUCAGACUUGGUUCUCUCAUUAGAGAACGUGCACAAUUACGCCAAAAGCGACCGGUACCUGCGCGAUGUGUUGGAAGCAAUUGGGGACUUUGGCAGGACAGCUAGAGGGGCUAUCCUGAUAUUCCUACUCGUCCAACUAUCCCAUAACAGCCCCGAUUUCCGCUCAAGGAACGAGAACAUCGGUAUCUCCAAUCCCUGGUCUGAAUACGUCAAAUUCCUACCUCCGUCGUUUCCUCUGCCUACCUUCUACACCGCCGAAGAACAAGAGCUGCUCCGGGGUACAUCCCUCGCAGAAGCUCUGGAUGCAAAGUUCGCGUCCCUUGAGCGGGAGUUUGAACAAAUCCGUAAGGCCACGGAGGGUAUUGCGUGGUGCCAGCAGAGCUGGUGGGGUGAGAAUACAGGUGCGCUGACCAUUGACGACUGGAAAUAUGUGGAUGCCGCGUAUCGGUCGCGCAUGCUUGACCUACCCGGCAGCGGCCUUGCAAUGGUGCCUUGUGUCGAUAUGGCCAAUCAUGUCUCCGGUGGUGGGGUCAAAGCCCUGUACGAUGCAGACGCCGAGGGGAAUGCUGUGUUGCAGCUGCGGUGGGGCAGGUCUUUACAGCCUGGGGAAGAGGUUACGAUUUCGUACGGAGAUGCAAAGCCCGCAUCUGAGAUGGUGUUCUCCUAUGGUUUCCUAGACAGUAGCACCGAAGUACGGGAAAUGUCACUCAUCCUAGAUAUCCCGGAGGAUGACCCACUCAGUCCCGCAAAGAGAAUAUUCUGUCAGAAUAACUCGAGCCUUCGAAUCUCGGCGGGGGUGGACCCUGAGGACGUAACGUGGGAGAGUGCAAUUGCAUGGCUAGCAUGCGUGAAUGAGGAAGACGGGCUUCACUUUGGGAUUGCGCAAACUACUGACGGGGGCCGGGAGUUGGAAACCACCUGGAAAGGUGAGGAGAUUAAAUCACCCGGUCAUCUCCGCGAACUUCUCGCCAAUGAUCCGUUAUGGGAGGUCUUUCAGCUUCGCGCUGCAGUGCUCCUUCUUGAACGACUCGAGACUCAGCUUUGUCGGUUCCAGGAGAUGGAGGACAUUAUUGCGAACUUGCAAGAGGACAAAGCGACUAUGGACGUCAUCUUCCGACCUGGGAUCUUCACCUCGAUUACCCAAUUCCGAACCUUGGAGGGCGAAUUGCUCGAGAAGGCCGUUGAACGAUUGAUAAAACAAGUAAGUGAUAUGAUGUGUUGGCUUGUCUCUCAAGACGCCAUUCUCCUCUUUGGGAUAUCUGGUUUAGCUGAUCAUGACACGCAGAGAACCGAGUUGCUUGGUUCUGAAACGGUGGCUGCGUAUUUUAAAGCACAGACAGGGGAUCUGGACGAAGCCGAAGACUUUUCGUGA